AUGGCAGCGGUGAUCAAGAACCUCACAGCGCUACCUACUGACAAGCUACUCUUGUCGAAGUGCCUCCGCGCCUCCCUUAACGCCCAGCCAUCGCUACCAACUCCUCUUCUGACCCGCAUCAUGUCUACCCUACUACUACGUGCUGACCACUCGCGCCCGUGCUACCUUCCUGACGAAGUCGCUGACGAAAUGUUCCCGCACUCUACGCUGCAACCCUCGCCAAUUUGGCUCACCUACUUCGCCAAGUCUUCGCAAGCCCUUGGUAGCACACCCAUGAAGUCGCGCUACUAUCAAAAAGGAUUGGCAACAUUGCCCGCCUCGCCCGCGAACAUGGCUGUAAACAUCGACUUGAAUCAAGAAUCUCUCAAAGGAAAACUCUCCGAGGGCCGUGAUGUUCAGUUCGUCCCUUGUAAAAUAGAACACGAUGGAGAAGCUGCGGUCGAAAAGUUCUUUAACACAUAUGUCCGGGAGGAAGAAGAGGAUGAGGAAGGGGAAGAAAAGAAAGUUCUUAAAGGAACUUUGCGUGGUUACCCUCUCAGUGGUUGUAUAAUGGAUGUUCCAAAGGGUUACACUGGUAUUGUUCUUAAAGAAACUAGACCUACCCUGAAUUCAGAAGAGAGUCGAACCAUGAGAGUCAUUUCCCAGUUUAAACAGUUCACUUACUGGAACUGGGACCGCGAGCCAUCUCGAGGCGACAAGUACCAACAGGCUAUGGACUGGACAGAGAUAGCAGAUGUAAUACAUGGAACUGAGUAGAAGAUUGCAACUAAAUUAGAUGUAGCCGAUUCUUAAUAAAGUGUAAAAGAAAGAA